AUGGAUGAAUCUCUGCGAGCCUCCGUCCCUGGGGUGGGGGUGGGGGGGAGCUCAGUAAAAUUGGUAGGAGGCGUCUGGAAGAAAGCAGUCUCUCGGGUAUUUCAGCACCUAGGCAGGAACAGUGGGGCAUUCCUAGUGCCAGCCCCGGGGGCGGCUGGCGCAGAAAGCUCUGGCUUCCACGCGGCGCCCGGGCUGGCGAGGUCGGGGUCGCGCGGUCACUCUCCAGGUGCUCCUUGCAGGAUCCCGGGGUCCGGGCCCCGCCGCCGCGCCCCGCCCGGCUCUGUCCCCACCGCCUCGCUGCCGGGCUGCCGGGCUUUGUGGUUCGCCCGUGCUGCUGGGCCCCUGCUGGGGGUGUCGUUACGAGCAUGUGCAGACAGCAGCCCAAGCCUUCAGGAUAAUUCCUUCAGCAGCAGCGCUGUAACAGAGUGUGAGGAAGAGAGACUCUCUCUACAUGAAGACCAGACUGAUUGCUCCAGUCUCAGAGAUGAAAGCAACAAGGAGAAUUACCCCGGCGGCGCGGCUGUGGUAGAGGAGCACGGGGCGGCGCAGCAUGUAGACAGGACCGUGCUGGUGGACGGCGUGCUGCGGGCCGGCAUGGGCAACUUCAAGUCCCGCAAGCCCAAGGCCAUCCUCAAAGCCGACAGCGGGAGGAGCCGCGGAGAGAGUCAGGAGGCGGAGCAGGUGGUGCCCAGCCAGUCGGAGUGUCAGGGGAGAGCAGGAACACCAGCUUAUGAGAGUCCACAAAACAACGCCUUCAGGUGCCAAGAAACAGUGCGACUUCAACCAAGAAUAGACCAGAGGGCUGCCGUUUGGCCAAAGGAUGCUUUGGAAACUCAGCAGGACUUAAAUGAG